CCCAUGGAGAUAAGAUGUUUCAACUUCCAGCCAUGAGAUCUGGAUCUUCUUUUUAUGUGGAGAUGAGAUUGGAUUAACAUGACUUGGUCAGAGCCCAGCAAUGAGAGCCUGUGGAACCAAUCAAGUGCUUACCUGCCAGGUGGGAAUGGGACUGAUAAUGGCACCUCCCUGGCAGCGGCUUUGGACCUGCAGGCUCUGAGUGUGGGCAUUGUCCUGGCAGUUUUCAUCCUCUUUGCCAUUGUUGGGAACAUCCUAGUGAUCUUGUCGGUGGCAUGCAACAGGCAGCUGCAAACAGUCACCAACUAUUUCAUCAUCAACCUUGCCAUAGCUGACCUACUGCUAAGCACCACCGUGCUGCCCUUCUCUGCCACCCUGGAGGUGCUGGGCUCUUGGGUCUUUGGUCGGAUCUUCUGUGACAUCUGGGCUGCUGUGGAUGUCCUCUGCUGCACUGCCUCCAUCAUGAGUUUGUGUAUUAUAUCCAUAGACAGGUAUGUAGGGGUGAAACAUUCCCUCAGGUACCCAACUAUAAUGACUGAGAAGAAGGCUGUGGUCAUCAUCAUCCUCCUCUGGGUGUCCUCCAUGGUCAUCUCCAUUGGACCUCUGUUGGGGUGGAAGGAACCUCCACCAGCAGAUGAAAGCCAGUGCUACAUCACUCAAGAACCUGGAUAUGCCCUCUUCUCUUCCCUCUUAUCCUUCUACCUGCCGCUGCUAGUCAUCCUCAUCAUGUACUUUCAAGUCUACAUUGUGGCCAGGAGGACCACCAAAAGCCUGGAGGCUGGCGUCAAGAAAGAAAGGAGCAAGUCCAUGGAGGUUGUCCUCAGGAUUCACUGCAGAAGUCUAGGGGAGCCCCGUGCCAACUCCAGGAACAAGGGGCACACUUUCAGGAGUUCACUGUCUGUCAGGCUGAUCAAAUUCUCCAGAGAGAAGAAAGCAGCCAAGACACUGGCAAUCGUGGUGGGGAUGUUUAUCCUCUGCUGGAUGCCUCUACAUUUUCUGAUGCUGCCACUUGGAUCUUACUUUCCUUUUCUGAAGCCUUCGGAAGGUGUCUUCAAAGUGAUCUUUUGGCUGGGCUACUUUAACAGCUGCGUGAACCCCAUCAUAUACCCGUGUUCCAGCAAGGAAUUUAAGAGAGCAUUUAUCAGGCUGCUGAGAUGCCGUUGCCGCAGAAGACGGCGCCCCCUCUGGAGAGUCUAUGACCAUCAGUGGAGGACAUCAAUGACCAGUUCACGAAGGGGUUCCGAAGGUGAAACCACAGACUUCACUUCCAUGAAUUCCUCGUAUAUUUAUAACCCUGGUAACCCCGGGAUAACAACAAAGAGGAAAAGUGUGGAUUUAAAUAGCUGGAAACUAAUCUCCCCUUUUCAGAACUCUUCUUCUCAGCUGAAAGAGAAAAUGAACAACCUCUCUAAUAAAAUUCGCAGCGGCUCCACCAAGAGCAACAUGUCGGCGGCCUACAAGAGUGAAGUUGAGUCCAUCUCAAUGGCCGUCUCUAAUGACUUUACGGAACUUGAGUAUCAAAUGUACGAUUUAUCAGACUGCUGUGGACUCAGAGAAACUGAUAUAUAGAUGUCAUUUAUUAUUAUUUUAUCUGUGAGGGGGGGAAAUUGUUUCAAACAUUGUGAUUUUAUUGAAAAAGCAAAUGUGGAUUAUAAAUAAUUUUUGGUAUGAAUAUAAGUAAAAAA